AUGAGUGUUGAAACCCCAUUUCAAGAACCACUUGGGACAAACAAGCCUGGGGCUGCUCUGCCAGACCACUGCUAUUACUGUUUUGAAGUACUGUCUGCCCACCUUGACAAUCGCCAACCUACUCCUCCCACUUUUCCAAACACUCAAUUUCCAUUGUUUGUUACUUGGUCACUUACAAGAACGGAUGAGUUGCGAGGGUGUAUUGGGAACUUUUCAGCCAUGCCACUUCACAAGGGAUUGGAAGAGUACGCUAUCGUUAGUGCAUUGCAGGAUACCCGAUUUAAUCCGAUUCGUAAAUCCGAACUAGCGAAUCUGAGUUGUGGUGUAUCGCUGCUAAUCAAUUUUGAAAGUGGUCGCAAUUGGCAAGACUGGGAGAUUGGCAAACAUGGAAUUAGAAUCUCGUUUGAAAAUGAACACGGCCGCCAGCAAUCUGCUACAUACCUUCCAGAAGUAGCUUCAGAACAAGGUUGGGAUCACAAACAGACGAUCGAUUCACUCCUUCGCAAAGGUGGAUUCCGAGGAGUUAUUACUCAGAAGCUGCGGGAUUCUAUUUUGCUGGUCCGGUAUCAGAGUUCCAAGAUCAAGGUCACAUACGAUCAGUAUCAGAAGCAUCUUGCACAGUAA